AUGAUGUCAGACAAUACUAGCUGUCAUAGUAAAACAGACUCCCUGAUCCUUAAAAAGUCGUCCCGGGCAUGUGACCGUUGUCAUAAAAGGCGGAUUAAGUGCCAAUUUGAUUCUUCUAUAGGCAAAUGUUUAAAUUGUCAUAAAUUUUUACACAAUUGUACUUUUCAUCGUGUACCUCAAAAGAGAGGGCCUCAUCGUAAAAAAUGGAACAUCGCUACAUCAACUAAUUUCAAAAGUCCAUCGUUUUCUAUUAUCGUGAAUAAAAAUGCAUUAAAUUUAUCUACUAUAAACAUGCCUGGCUAUCAUAUUGACAAAGAAAAUGGUGAAGUAUGUAUGCCAAAAGAUACAAUUAUCUUAAAUCCAGGAAAUGUAGAAAAAAUUAUAUCUAUUAUUGAUGAACAAUUACCAAUUAAAAUUAGCAAUAGAAUGUCCCAUUCACUAUCAAGUAUUUUAGAAACUUAUUAUCAAAAUUUUCAUGAUAAUUUAGGUAUAUUUCCUUUAGAUUCAAUUUCACAAUUCCAAAAUACUAUAUUAGAUAUUGUUAAAGAAAAAAAAUUGAUCAUGGUUUUUCAUUCUAUUUUGGAGACCCUGUUCCAUGGGGAUGAACUGGAGAAAAAGAAAAAAUGGAAACUCUUAUGGAACCAAUUAGUUGCAAUAGAUUAUAUAGAAGCAGUGACAGAUUACAUAUUAUAUUUAAUUUGUCAUCUUUUGAUUUGUAUUAUGGUUCCAAUAAACCCUAAAGUUUUAGGAUAUUGUGUUGGUACAUAUUAUGAAAUUUGCAAGAAAAUGCCUACAGAUAUUAAUCUGAGAAUAAGGAGAGUGAUUCAAUUGUUAAAUUUAUUGAAUCAAAGAUUCAAUAACAUGGAUUCUAUGUUCACAAUAGCUACCAAUAAUCAUGAUGAUACGUUUUUUAUUAAAGAUAAUAUAAGUGAGAUUAUCACAAUCUUAAAUAAUGACAAUGAUUUGAAGCCUUUAAAACUAAUAUCUUUUAAAAAUGUAAACCAUAUAUGGUUAGACAACUGUGAAAUUGAACAAAGAAAGAAACUGUUUAUUAAAGCCCUACAAAAUAAAAACAUCGAUUUUAAAAAUGUUGUAAAUACACUAUGCUCACUAAUUAUUUCAAUGUUGGGUUUAUUGAGGCAUGUAGAUAGUGACAACUAUACGAAUUCGAUAUUGCAAAUAUUAAAGAAUAGAAAUAAAACCAAAUAUAAAUACGAAUUUGGUCUAAAAUUGAUAAUCAAUAAGCUAAAACGAUUGUAUGAUAUCAUUAAAGACACACCAUCGUUUCUAAUCAAUAUGGUAAUGUACUCUAAUCUUAAUAAUACAGAUUUAGUAAUGAACCAAUUAUCUACUUCAUUGAAUGAGUUAGUUCAAAUCACAACAUUAAUAAAUAAAUUAAGCAGGAAUGACUACAAGAGUAAUUGUUAUUCUAAUAAUAGUAGCAAUAACAACAAUCAUAAUAAUUGUUCUGCUAAUAUAUCUUAUAUAUUAUGCGAAGGCCAGGAACAACACAAUAAUAUUUAUAAUAGUAGUGAACGAUGUAAAGUUAAACCAAAUUCACCAUCUUUGGAGAACUUAAUAAACAACAGUAACAAGAGUCAAAAUGAAAAUUUAUUAUUUGAAUCGUCUUUAAGAAAUCCUAGUACGAAUAUCAGCAUAGCCAAUCAGAAUACUUUAUCACAAAAAUUGAAUCAACUAUCAAAAAAAUUACAAGCUAUCGGUUAG